AAACAAUAAACAUUAUUGUUGUUAAAUAAUCAAACAAUUUAAUAAUAAAAUUAUUAAUUAUUAUAUUAAAUAUGGCAAAUAAUAGUGGAGUUGAAAAAAGUUUAUUAAUUGUUGUAUUGGAUGUAAAUCCAGAUCAAAGAAUAGUCAAACAAGAACCAAAAAUAUUAACACAAUGUGUAGAUUCAGUAAUUGUAUUUUCAAAUGCACAUUUAAUGCAAUCAUCAUGUAAUGAAUUAGCUGUUAUGGCAUGUCAUAGUCAAGGUGCAAAAUUUUUAUAUCCAAAUGCUGAUAAAACAAUUCAAAUACGUCAAUUUGAUGGACAAUUUGAAAAGCUAACACUUGUUGAAAAAACAGUACGUCAAGGAUUACAAGAUGUCAUUAAUGAAAUAAUAAAUAAACCUAAUAUUAAUAGUGAAAGUUUAAUAUCUGGUGCAUUAUCAAUGGCACUAUGUUAUAUUGCAAGAUUAAAACGUGAACAAUCAAGUGAAGAAAAAUUACAUUCAAGAAUAUUAAUUGUAACUGGUAGUUGUGAUUCAGCAACUCAAUAUAUGAAUUACAUGAAUAUUUUUUUUACUGCACAAAAAAUGCAUGUUAUUAUUGAUGUUUGUAGUAUGGAUCAAGAAUUAACAUUACUAAAACAAGCAUGUGAUAUAACUGGUGGUAAUUAUUUAAAAAUUCCAAAACAAGAUGGUUUAUUACAAUAUUUAUUAUGGGUUUAUUUACCAGAUCCAAUAAUAAGAACAAAACUUGUACUUCCACCACCAGUUAAAGUUGAUUAUCGUGCUGCUUGUUUUUGUCAUCAUGAACUUAUUGAAAUUGGAUAUGUUUGUUCUGUUUGUUUAUCAAUUUUUUGUAAAUUUAGUCCAAUUUGUACUACUUGUCAUACGUUAUUUAAAAAUUCAACACCAAUGCCAAUUAAAAUGAAAAAAAAGAAAAAAGUUACUGAUAUUGUUGUUUAA